AUGCACCAUAAUAGUAGUAGUAGUAGUGGUGAUGGUAGUAGUAGUAGUAGUAGUAGUAGUAGUAGUAGUAGUAGUAGUAGUAGUAGUAGUAGUAGUAGUAGUAGUAGUAGUAGUAGUAGUAGUAGUAGUAGUAGUAGUAGUAGUAGUAGUAGUAGUAGUAGUAGUAGUAGUAGUAGUAGUAGUAGUAGUAGUAGUAGUAGUAGUAGUAGUAGUAGUAGUAGUAGUAGUAGUAGUAGUAGUAGUAGUAGUAGUAGUAGUAGUAGUAGUAGUAGUAGUAGUAGUAGUAGUAGUAGUAGUAGUAGUAGUAGUAGUAGUAGUAGUAGUAGUAGUAGUAGUAGUAGUAGUAGUAGUAGUAGUAGUAGUAGUAGUAGUAGUAGUAGUAGUAGUAGUAGUAGUAGUAGUAGUAGUAGUAGUAGUAGUAGUAGUAGUAGUAGUAGUAGUAGUAGUAGUAGUAGUAGUAGUAGUAGUAGUAGUAGUAGUAGUAGUAGUAGUAGUAGUAGUAGUAGUAGUAGUAGUAGUAGUAGUAGUAGUAGUAGUAGUAGUAGUAGUAGUAGUAGUAGUAGUAGUAGUAGUAGUAGUAGUAGUAGUAGUAGUAGUAGUAGUAGUAGGCGAGUAUUACCAAGAAACCAAUGA